UUGUAAGCGCCGCGCGGACUUCGCCCCGCAGUAGGCCCUGCGCAAGAGCUGAGCCCUGCCGCCUGCCAGCCAUGGCUUCCUCGUCGUCCUCGGGCGGCAGCGCCAUCCAGAUCCCGACCCGCCUGCCGCUGCUGCUGACGCCCGAGGCCGUGCUGCUGCCGGGGUCCACCAUGCGCGCCAGCGUCGACUCGCCGCGGAACAUGCAGCUGGUGCGGAGCCGGCUGCUGAAGGGCACGUCGCUCAAGAGCACCAUCAUCGGCGUCAUCCCCGACACCUGCGACCCAGCCAGCGACCUCGAGGCGCUGCCGCCACUCCACAGGAUCGGCACAGCAGCGCUGGCCGUUCAGGUGGUUGGCAGCAACUGGCCAAGGCCGCAUUAUACUUUGCUGAUCACAGGCCUGUGCAGAUUCCAGAUCUUGCAGCUGGUGAAAGAGAAGCCCUACCCCGUCGCUGACGUCGAACAAUUGGACCGGCUGGAACAAUUUACCAACAAAUCUGCGUCCGAAGAGGAACUAGGAGAGCUGUCGGAACAGUUCUACAAAUACGCAGUGCAGCUGGUUGAGAUGCUGGAUAUGUCGAUCCCUGCAGUGGCUAAGCUGAGACGCUUGUUGGACAAUCUUCCUAGGGAAGCAUUACCGGAUAUAUUAACUUCGAUCAUCCGCACCAGCAACCAGGAGAAGCUUCAGAUUUUAGAUGCCGUUGGCUUGGAGGACCGGUUCAAGAUGACCAUCCCCUUGCUUGUUAGGCAGAUUGAAGGCUUGAAACUCCUUCAGAAAACCAGGAAGCCCAAGCAGGACGAUGACAAAAGGGUGGUAGCUAUACGCCCGAUUCGAAGGAUCACUCACAUUCCAGGCUCGGCUGAAGAUGAUGAAGAGGAUGAAGACCAUGAUGACAUUGUUAUCCUUGAAAAGAAAAUCCGAGCCUCCAGUAUGCCUGAGCAGGCUUUAAAAGUUUGUGUAAAAGAGGUAAAGAGGUUAAAGAAGAUGCCUCAUUCGAUGCCAGAAUACGCCUUAACCCGAAAUUAUUUGGAACUGAUGGUGGAACUGCCGUGGAGCAAAAGUACAAAAGAUCGCCUGGAUAUACGUGCGGCAAGAAUUCUUCUGGACAAUGACCAUUAUGCUAUGGAGAAACUGAAGAAGAGAGUGUUGGAGUAUUUGGCCGUCAGACAACUGAAGAACAACUUGAAGGGCCCCAUCCUUUGCUUUGUGGGCCCUCCUGGAGUCGGAAAAACGAGUGUGGGGAGAUCGGUGGCGAAGACUUUGGGUCGUGAGUUCCAUCGGAUUGCCUUGGGCGGAGUGUGCGACCAGUCUGACAUCCGAGGGCACAGGCGUACCUAUGUUGGCAGCAUGCCUGGGCGAAUCAUCAAUGGCUUGAAGACCGUUGGGGUUAAUAACCCGGUGUUCCUGCUUGACGAAGUUGACAAGCUCGGAAAGAGCCUUCAAGGGGAUCCAGCGGCUGCUUUGCUUGAGGUCUUGGAUCCUGAGCAAAACCACAGCUUCACAGAUCAUUACUUGAAUGUAGCCUUUGACUUGUCUCAAGUCCUUUUCAUUGCCACUGCCAACACUACUGCCACCAUCCCACCUGCUUUGUUGGACAGGAUGGAGAUCAUUCAGGUUCCAGGAUACACUCAAGAAGAAAAGAUAGAAAUUGCACAUCGGCAUUUGAUUCCGAAGCAGCUGGACCAGCACGGACUGACACCACAGCAGAUUCAGAUUCCCCAAGAGGCAACUCUGGCAAUCAUCACCCGAUACACCCGGGAGGCAGGAGUCCGCUCUUUGGAUCGCAAAUUUGGAGCCAUUUGCCGAGCGGUUGCCGUGAAAGUGGCAGAAGGCCAGCACAAGGAGACAAAGCCAGAGCGUUCCGAAGUGACAGAAGGAGGAGAGUGUAAAGAGCAUGUCGCAGAAGAUACAAAACCUGAUGCUAUCAGUGACACUGCUGACCUGGCUCUACCUCCCGAAAUGCCCAUUGUAAUUGACUUCCAUGCCCUGAAAGACAUCCUUGGGCCACCAAUGUACGAACUGGAGGUAUCCGAGCGGCUGAAUCAACCAGGUGUAGCAAUUGGCUUGGCUUGGACUCCCUUGGGGGGGGAGAUCAUGUUCGUAGAAGCCAGCCGAAUGGACGGGGAAGGCCAGCUCACUCUGACCGGCCAGCUGGGCGAUGUCAUGAAGGAGUCGGCGCACCUCGCCAUCAGCUGGCUGCGCAGCAAUGCAAAGAAAUACCAGCUGACCAAUGCUUCUGGAAGUUUUGAUCUCCUUGACAACACAGACAUCCAUCUGCACUUCCCAGCUGGAGCGGUCACAAAAGAUGGACCAUCUGCUGGUGUUACCAUAGUAACCUGCCUUGCCUCACUUUUCAGUGGGCGGCUCGUGCGUUCAGAUGUAGCCAUGACUGGAGAAAUUACCCUAAGAGGCCUUGUUCUUCCAGUUGGAGGAAUUAAGGACAAAGUCCUGGCAGCACACAGAGCUGGUCUGAAGAGAAUUAUCAUUCCUCAAAGAAAUGAAAAGGAUCUUGAGGAGAUUUCAGCAAAUGUACGGCAGGAUCUGAAUUUUGUGAUGACAAGCUGCCUGGAUGAAGUUCUUAAUGCAGCUUUUGAUGGGGGAUUUUCAGCCAAGACCGGACUUGAUCACUUCAACAGUAAACUCUAAGCAGAUUGACUGGGCUUGUCUAAGGAACAAAAUACAAAGCUGAUAUGUUUAUCUGGCAGACUGUAAAAUUGGGAGAGAGCAUAAAGAGGGCAAUAUUGGAAUACUGACACAGGCCACCAGAUUUUUUAUUUUAUUUUUUUAAAGACGCAAAGGGUUAUUCUUCACUGGGACUAUUGCAAACCUGCUGCCCAUUCUUAUUGGUCCUUAUGUGCAUUAGUGAGAAGCUGUCUGCAGAGAUGGACGUGAAUACUAAGCUCUUAAUGAUAGUUAUUCCCCAAUGCUAUUAAGGAGCAGACUUAUACAGGAGCAGAAUAGUAAUAUCCAAUCACGUAAGCCUUCAUAUGAAACCUCUUGCCUGUUUAAAUUUAAUGCGAGUCCAAUUUUCGUUUUUCAAAGAGCCUGACAUGAAUGUUGAGAUUUACCUUGCUUGAAUGUCAGGGCUGCGAUUAAAUUGCCAUUGUUGCUAAGGCAGUGUCAUUCAUCUGUUGUUGUACCCUAAAGAGGUGUACACAAAUGAAUUCGCACUGGCCUUGCACGUAAGUACUCAACUCACAGACCUGAAGUUGUUUUGGUCCGUCCCCCCCAACAGAUCAAUGAUUUUACAAGGGGUGGAGCCAUAAGGGACUCUUGGGUUGGUUACCUCUUUGCUACGAGGGCAAUCUGAGAAAAUCUUGACAGGUAGAGGGAAAAGUUAUUUACAUCAGGAUGAGAAUGACCUGAGAGACCACUGCCAAGUGCCCAGGGCUAGGAAGUGAUUGGGAUGGCCAGUAGAAAAUAGAACACGUUCCCCUUUUAAUUCAGAGACUGCAUAUAAUUCUUAGACCUUCACAACUUCUGCUCCUUUAGCUGCUUUAAUAAUGCCAUCAUCUACUUUAAGAUGGUGCAACAAGAAGAGAAGCAAUUCACUACUCUUCUGUGCAAUAGGUGGGUUUGGCUAAUUUGGUAUAGUGCUGCAUACGUUUUCAGACAAAAGAUUAAUUUUGUUUUAUUAUAAAAGCAUUUGUUUCCUGAAAAGUUGUAGAUUUUGGAACCGGAUACCAAACAAAUAAUUGAUUGGUGCCAAUUUUCGUUUCUUGGGUGCAUGGAAGGUUUCUGAAACGGCACUGAUACACAUCCUGCAACAAUGCACAGAAAGAAAGAACAACCACAGGUCACUCUAGCCCACUACAGAGUGAAGUUGGGAAGAAAAGGAGCAGGGAGAGAAUAAGCGUGGACAGCCUCAAGUAUCACAAGAUGUCGGCUGGCUAACAGGGGCAUGCCUGAACAUGGGCUUGGCAGUGAAGCAGCAGCUGUUCAGUGUGUGUAGGUGAGAUGCGUCACUUAGGAGAGAAAUAAGCAUCCUGUGUGGUAUUCUUCAAGCAAAUCUAUUCAUUCCCACAAGGUAUCCCAUCUUCGACCCAACACAACUCAGGUCCUUAAACAGUUGUUUUUGUAAUGCCUACCUAAGUUAUGCUCGUUGGCUAUUUGAAACUCCAACUUUUCUUUAAGUCUUCAAUUGAAGGACCUUUGUGUUCAUAGCCACUGCUAAGCAAAACACAGAGUAGACAUAGGGUCGGAUCCCAAUUUAGCCAGAGUAAACCUAUUUAAAUCAAUGGGGCUUAAGGUACAUGACCAACUUAAGUCCCUUUGAUUUCAGUGGGUUUACUCUAUGUAUGACGAAGUCUGGAACCAGUCAUAGUUACAAGAUUUUACACAUUCUCUACAUACUGGUGUGGGCUGGAGUUUUGUUUUGUUUUGUUAAUGUAAGAGGUUCUAGCAGAUACCAGUCAGUGUGACAAGGCAUGAAUUAAGCACAGUGUUUAUGUCAUAUUAUGCUGUUUGAGGCCCAAGGUCAGCAACAAUGCCAUGCAAGAUACUCUGGGUUCAAUAUAUGUGUUACAAGCAGUAGCCCUUACAGGGAACAAUAAAUCCAUGUGCAAUGAAAGCAGCUUUGCUACCAAUACCUAGUUAUUUGAAAGAUGCAGCUGAACAAGUUAGCAGCACAGCGCUGGUUAUUAAUUUCCAUGGCUAAUUAAAGUUACAGGUAUAACUGGUGUGAACUACAA